AUGGGGAAGACUCUCAAAAUGGGCAAUGUGCCCUACGACAUGACCGAAGAGCAACUAAUUGACGUAUUUUCUGCUGUCGGGCCAGUGGCCGGCUUCAGAUUAGUGUUCGAUCGCGAAUCCGGAAAGCCAAAGGGUUUUGGAUUCUGUGAAUUUUAUGAUCAUGAGACCGCAGCAUCAGCCGUGCGUAACCUGAACGGAACAGAAGUCAAGGGUCGCCCGCUGCGCAUAGACCUUGCAGACUCAGACCCAUCACUGGAAGGAAAGACGACCUUUCGAGGAGAACUUGACAGCGGUGACUCAAAAUCAUCUGUUCUUUCCAUACCUCCAGGCGUCGCUGUCCCUCCUGGACUCACUCCACUCGAUGUCAUAAGUAACGUUCUUGGGACAGUACGUCCAGCUCAGCUGAUGGAGGUCAUGGGACACAUGAAAAUAUUCGUCAUCAACCAUCCAGAAGACGCUCGGAAGUUGCUUCAAACACAGCCUCAACUCGCUUAUGCUCUCUUCCAAGCAAUGCUAAUGAACAAAAUAGUUGACUCCUCAGUCCUUCAAGUCAGUCUCGCCAUCAUUCCUCGAUAG